UAAAUUUCAAAAUUAAUACCAAUUAUUUGAUAUUUAAAAACCAUAUAAAUUUUAACUAACUGUUAAAAAUUACAAUAUAGAUUUUAAAACAAACUACGUAUUACAAAGGAAGAAGACAUUAAUAGUACAUGAAAUUUUCCGAUUAGAAAAAAAAAGAGAGAGGAGAAAAGACAAGAGAAAUUGCAUACCGAAUUAUAAAUAUCACAUUAAAUUUAAGCAGUUCCAGUUUCAGUGUAUGUUUUUUGACAUUUUCGUAUAUGACAUAUAACGAUAUAACCAAUAAAUGACUAUAUGACUUAAAAUAAUUUAAGAGAAAAACAAAGUUGAAUACAAUGGAUGAAAACGUACAAACAUUACAUGGGAUUCAUGGAAAUUCCAAUGUAUCAAAUGAAAUAAUUUAUCAUGCAGUAUACAUACCUGAAGAAAACAUUGAUUCUUCAAUAGAGAACAGUAUUAAAGAAAAUAUUCGAGUUUAUCAAGACAAAGCAGAAGCUUUAAAAGUAAUUAAAGAAUUUAAAACUGGUCGUCUGAAAUCAUUUAAAAAAAGAUCAGAAGCUGAAGAGUAUGCUCAAACUGGCUUUGAAAAAUCAAAUUAUGUGAAUAGUACCUUAAUAAAUGCAACUGUACCUGUAGUGGAAGAAAAAUCAAAUAAUUUUAAAGCUCCACGAUCUCAAGAUCUGAUAUGUUUUAAAAAAUUAAUUAAAGAUGGAGAUUUAUAUGCUGUAAAAACUACAGUAUGGGGAAAUCCGCGUUACUUAAUUGGUAGUGGAGAUACACCUGCAAUUCUGCAAGAAGGAUGCCGUUAUAAUGCAUUACAUAUUGCAGUUAGGGCAGACAGACCUGAUAUGUGUGAGUUAAUAUUAAACACUGUUGGAAACACAGACUUCAUAAAGUUACUUUAUGGUGAUGAAUGCAAGAGUUAUGUGGAUCGUGCACAAAUUAUGUUAGAUUUAUAUUUAAACACACCUGACAAGGGAUUAAAUGAAACUCCAUUACACUUUGCAGUCAAAUUUGGUUUAAAAAAUGUAGUUCGAAUUCUUGUUUCAUAUCCAUGUUGUAUAAAGACAUUACCAAAUAAAUAUAAACAACUACCAAUAGAUAUAAUUUGUACUAGAACAUGUCAAGAAGAUGAAGGAUUAAAAAAAGAAAUACGUUUGCUACUAGAAGAUCAGUAUUAUGUACCUGUAUUAAGAUCAGAUGAUAAUACAUUACAACCUGUGAUUGGGGAACCUUUCUCUCCUACUAAUCUUUUGAGUUUAAAUACCGAUCCAAUUAGUCCACGUUUAGAAGUACGUGCGUUUGCUGGACCAAUGACAAAAUCUCGGGCAUUAGAAUUUAGAAAAAAGUGGAAAACGCCACCGCGUCUUCGUAUGACUCCUAUUAAAAAAACUGAUGAUGAAUCUAAUGCUAUAGAUAGUCCCACUAAUAAUUUAGCUUUAAGAUUACAAGAUGUAGAAAAGGGACUUGAACGAGUUGGAAGAGACUUGGCAGAAGAGUACCAAGUAUCAUGGAAGGAAUAUUGGCUAUUUUUAAACGAUUUUGCAGAUUUUCGUACUAAGGAAGGUUUAAUAAAACUUGAAAAAUAUUUAGAACAUAAAUUUCAGAAUCAGUUACUUCAUCAUAACCAGACAUCAAAUGAGAACCUAAUUAAUUCAAACGAAAAUUCACAAACGAAAUCGCAAAUUGAUGAAAUAGAUUACUUAUAUAAUAAAUUACAAUCAUGGUCAUUGCUUACAUCAAAUGGUGAAGAACAAAAUAAUGUAGAUGAACUAGAAUUUUUUACACCGCCAUCAUCACCAAAAUUAACGGUAGAUAAUUCAGAUGAUGAAAUGCAAAAUGCAGAGGAAGGACAUGGGACAUUUCUAGAAGGGCCAGUGCCAACAAAGUUAGAUCAUGCUGUUUAUAAUGCAGUAUCAACAUCACUUAAUUCCAUUACAUAUCCAAACAUAUAUCGUUGGCAACAUGACAUGCAACUUGCUAUGAAGCGUGAUUUACAUAGAAAAAAUAGCAUAAGGGGAAUUAGAAGAAAAUUGAUUAUGAAUUUUUAGAUAUGUGAGAUAUCAAGAUGUUAAACGAUGUAAAAACUAAAACUAUAAAAAAUUUUUAUAUUACACACAAUAAGAGUUAUUUGUUAAAUAACAUUAAUAUACUUCAAAACUUAUUUUAAGUGUACUAAAAAGCGAUAUAUUUUCAUAAAAUUUUAUAUAUGAUUAAAAUAAUUUAUGAAAAUUUUA